AUGUCAGCGACUGGCAGAUUGUCUGUUCUUCGUAAGCAUAAAAUACAAGGACGCACUGCAAAAAUAUUAGCGCUUAUUCCUAUGCAGCAUGCACCUUCAGAGACUAGUGACAAAUCAGACCCAAAUAGCGAUAACGAAUUGGUAGAUCUGCAUUCCCCAAGCUUAGUUUCAUCUUCACCACCUUCUCUAGACUCAUCUUUAGAGCGCAUGCAUAUACUGAGCAGUUGUGAAUCUUCAGAUAGUAACAAUGAUGACGAUAACCAUUCCGAACCAUAUCCAUCCGUAGCACUUCAAUUGAGUCCAGUUUUACGCGAUAUAUGUCCAGCUACACCGACCAGAGAGCCUAAUUACGAAAAUAUCCCAUCACUAUCUUCUAUACUGUCUCUUCCAUCUGUAGCUCCUUCCUUAACCCUUGAAACGUCAACUAUAAGGAAGACAAGAGCCCAAAAGCAAAUUGCCCCAGUUGCCAAGAGAACAAGAAGGGUUCCGAAAUUUAUCCUCACAUAUCAGUGGAAAAAAAGCACCAAUUUUCAUCACCGAGCCACAAUUGAAGAAAAUUACGAAGAUAUAAUUGAUACCUCCGUACCAUCCAAUGACGAUACUUUUUAUUAUUUUAAUUUAUUUUUUUCUCAAGACAUAGUAGCUGAUAUUACAGAACACACAAGCCUUUAUUCCGUACAACAAACUGGAAAAUCCAUACAAGUUAUAGAAGAUGAGCUACGAGAUUUUUUAGCCAUCCACAUCCUUAUGGGCAUUGUAAUAUUGCCUUCAUACCUCGACUAUUGGAGCGGUAGAUUCCGAACUUUUGAGGAGAAAAGAUAG